CGCGUCGUCAACUAUUAAUUUCAGUAUCAUAUUCGUAAAAUAAACAUACAUGAAAAUUAAUAUCGGUAAUAUGUGAAAAAUAUUUGUUUUAUCUAUUUUUCCGGAGCUGGGAACCUUGUAGCGCAGACUCACUCGUUUUUCCAUACGGACCACUGAUACGCAGGGACCGUAAAUACACUGGCGUUUGCUGUUACUGUUCCUCGGUUCACAGAAAAGACAAGAUGGGGAUUUAAAACAGCCAUAGAACAGAUGAUUUACGUUGAGAGUGAGUGUAGCUGGUUUCGUUGAGAGCGGGGGCUUUCGUCAGUGAGCUAGCUUGGGGAGUGCGGGUGGUUUCGGCAUGGAUUGGUGUCGUCGGAACGGACUCAGCGGGGUUCUCUGCUCCCUGUCACUGCUGUGUGUCCUGUUGGAUAUCCAGCUGGACGGUGUCCUGGGGGCAACUCAUGUCGAGAUUGAACACCACUUGGAAAUGGGCCGCAAGCUUUUGGCAGCGGGUCAGCUGGCUGAGGCCUUGUCCCACUACCACUCUGCUGUGGAGGGAGACUCUAAGAACUAUCUGACGUACUACAAACGAGCAGCAGUGUUUCUGGCCAUGGGAAAAUCCAAAUCUGCUCUGCCAGACCUGACCAGAGCCAUUCAGCUCAAGCCUGACUUUCUGGCUGCCAGACUGCAGAGAGGGAACAUCCUGUUAAAACAGGGAAACACCCAAGAGGCCAGAGAGGACUUUAAAGCAGUGCUCCAACGAUCUCCAGACCACGAAGAAGCUCAGAACCAGCUGAUGAAAGCACACGAGCUGGAGGAGCUGCAGGAGGAGGCACAUGCUGCCCACCACCAGGGGGACUAUAGCACCACAAUUAACGUGCUGGAGAGAGUCAUAGAGAUAUCUCCCUGGGAUCCUGAGUCACGGGAGCUUCGUGCAGAAUGUUUCAUCCGAAUGGGUGAUCCUCAGAAAGCCAUCCAGGAUCUAACACCGACCGUAAGGCUGCGCAAUGACAACCGCGCUGCCUUCCUGAAGCUCAGCUUACUGCACUACAGCCUCGGGGAACACCACGAUUCUCUCAACCACAUCAGAGAAUGUCUCAAGCUGGACCAGGAUGACAAGGAAUGUUUCAGUCACUACAAGCAGGUGAAGAAGCUCAGCAAACAACUGGACUCAGCAGAGGAGCUGAUUCAGGAGGACAGGUUCCAGGAGGCCAUUGAAAAGUACCAGUCAGUCAUGAAAACAGAGCCUAGUGUGGUUCACUACACAAACUUGGCCAAAGAGAGGAUCUGCUUCUGUCUGGUCAAGAUUAAGCUAGCUCACGAAGCAAUUGACAUUUGCUCAGAGGCUCAUCAGAGAUCGCCCCGCAAUGCUAAGAUCCUCAGAGACCGAGCAGAAGCUUUCAUCCUCAACCAGGACUACGAGAAGGCGGUGGAAGAUUACCAGGAGGCCAGAGAGUUUGACAGUGAAAGCAGCGAUAUCAGAGAAGGGCUGGAGCGAGCGCAGAAGCUCCUCAAACUAUCCCGUAAAAGAGAUUACUACAAAAUCCUCGGCGUCAGCAGGAAUGCCAACAAGCAGGAGAUCAUUAAGGCCUACAGGAAACUGGCACAGCAGUGGCAUCCAGACAACUUCCAGUCUGAGACGGAGAAGAAGGAAGCGGAAAAGAAAUUUAUUGACAUAGCGUCGGCUAAAGAAGUCUUAACUGACCCAGAAAUGAGGCAGAAGUUUGAUGCUGGUGAAGAUCCCCUCGACCCAGAGAACCAGCAGGGUGGAGCCGGAGGUGGACAUCAGAGCUGGCCGUUCAACUUCAACCCUUUUGAGUCUGGAGGCAACUUCCACUUCAAGUUCCAGUACAACUAGACUCAAAUUUAAGGAAUUCCUGAGCUGAGCCCAGGAUGACAUUACAGUCCCGGUCUGUGCAGAGGAAAAGUCCCACCAGAGUCCGACCAUCUGUCAUACGGAU